AUGGGUGAAGGCUUUGAAAAAGAUCGUUCACAGUUAAUUAUAAUUGACAGGUCAUUUGACUGGACCUCACUAAUUUUGCACGAGCUCACUUUUCAAGCAAUGGCUCAUGAUAAUUUUACAAUAAAAAACAAUGUUUUUAUGUUUACUGAAAACGGUGCUCAAAAAGAAGUAGUUUUCGACGAUAAAGAUGAGGUAUGUGCAGAGCUGAGACAUCAACAUAUUUACAAUGCGGCAGACGCUGUGAGAUUUAAAUUAAAGAAUUGUGUGGACUCUGAACUCGCAUCAACAGUUGAUGCUGCACAGAGUACUUCACUUGCUGGUUUAUCUUAUGUUAUGAAAAAAAUUCCUCAACAACAAAAAAUUGUGGAAAAUUAUUCCAGAUAUAUGAGUGCACUUAAACAAUGCAUGGAUUUCUAUGGAAAGCAUUUAGAGGACAUUUGUAUUUUUGAACAAGACCUUGUUAUGGGUAAAGAGGCAAUAGUUGAAGAUAAGAUCACUUACGAUGUUAAGAAAAAACUGAUUUCCUUUUUAACGGAUAAUAAUGUAUCUAUACAAAAUAAGAUAAGGCUUAUUAUAUUAUAUAUUGUAUCUAUGAACGGAGUAUCAAAAGAUAUUUUCAAUGAACUAGUUCAAAAUGCUCAACUUUCACCGGCUGAUAUACAAACUAUUCUUAAUUUAAAUAAACUUGGCGUCACUACUGAUGCAGAUGAAAACAAUAAGAAACCGCAACAGACUAUACCGCGUAAGGAUCGCGUCGACGAAAAUACAUUCCAGGUUUCUCGCUGGACGCCAAAGAUCAAAGAUAUAUUAGAAUAUUGUAUUGAAAACCAUUUGGAUCCUGAUGAAUUUCCUUAUGUAUCUGUUAGAGAGCAAACAACUGAAAAAUAUAAAGCGUCUAGUUCGAGGUAUAAUGCAACGUGGUACAAAAGAAAAGAUCCGAAACAAGAAGGUUCAAGAAUCAUACUGUUCAUAAUUGGUGGGGUCACGUUUUCAGAAAUGAGAAGUGUUUAUGAAGUAUCCAAAAACUUCAAAAACUCGAAUAUUAUAAUAGGUUCAUCCCACAUAACGACGCCAGAGGACUUCCUCAAAGACUUGUCUGAUCUAGGUGAACAUUAG